CAGAGAUAUAAGAAUGCUCACUAUAUAUCUACUCCUGUGGAUUAUUUUCCCAUGCCAAUGUCAGACAUCAACUCAUAGCGUGCUUCAGUCAACGUUGUUUGUGUCAGCAUUACCAAGAGAUAAUGUAAUUCUAAACUGUAGCAUUGCCGAAGCGAAGAGUAUGAGUAGCUACACUAUGAUGUGGUACAGACAAACCCAUAAAGGAAAACCUAUAGAAUUUAUAAUAAAAGAGUUUGAUGAACCAAUUCAGAACUUUAAAGUUAUUCUAAAUGCAAAAGGCAACAUGUUCAGCCUGGUGGUCUCCAACCUUUCUAUUGAGGACAGUGCCACUUAUUACUGUGCUGCAAGACACAGUGAAAAUCAGUGUGAUCAGUACGACCCUGCAUACUUCGGCGGUGGCACUAAACUUACAGUUCUAGAACCUGGUAAGAACAUCACUAAACCAGAAGUAAAAAUUAUAGAACCCUCCAAAAAAGAGCUCUGCAAGAAGGCUGUGACUCUUGUGUGUGUGGCUGAAAAAUUCUAUCCAGACCAUGUGACCAUAAAAUGGAAAAUUGGAAAUGAGGAUUUUACUAAAGGUGUGGCAACGGACCCUUAUGCCAAGAAAAAUAACAAAACAGGAAUGUUUGAGAUGUCCAGCAGGUUCAAAAUCAAAUCAAAUGUAUACCACAAUGAAGCAAAGAGAUUCCAGUGCAUAGUGUCUUUCUAUGAUGGAGAAGGUUAUAUUAAUAAGACAGCUACAGUUAAAGGAAUUGCAGGAAAUGGAUUUAACAAAGAGGAUCACAUGACACGAACAGGAACAGUAAAGCUGGCAUAUGGUAUGUUUAUUGCUAAAAGUGGACUUUAUGGCAUUUUCAUCUUCUUCUUUGUAAGGAGACAGGUUUCAGCAGGGAAGUAAUAGAUUGGCUGAAGACGUGUAAUCAGGUUACACUUGGAAAGAAGACAUUCAACCUCCUACCACGUUUUCUCCCUCUCUUUAUGCUUCCUAGGAGUCUAUCUUAAUAAAGCUGAUAUUUUAAAAAAAGCUUAUUGCAGCUAAUCUUUGUUAGUUUUAUGAGUUUUAUGCUGUGAGAUAAUUUUUUCUCAUUUAUCUUCUAUCUGUUAAGUAAUUAACAUUAUUAUACUAGUAUACUUAUAGUAUUUAAAUAUAUCCUAUAUUCAUUUAUCCCUCUUUGAAAAUUCAUGUUAACUUUAUUUUCUCAUUGUAUCCCUGUUUUCUAAAUUUGUCAAAUCUAUCAAUAAAAUAAUAUUGCAUGUGAGAA